CAUGUUUAACAUUUGGAUGAGCAGCCAAGAAAUGGUACACAUUUCUUAUCAUCAGUUAUUACAUAAGUUCCUUUACAAAUUUUGCAUUAUGUGGCGUUAAAACAAAUAAAACAAUUUUCCAAUCCAGGUUACUCUUUACAAGCUUCAAAUAUUUUUAAUAAAUUUACGAGUGCAUUUUUGUUGACUUGGAUUAUAAAAAUAUCCAAAGUCACAUAUUUCGCAAGUCAUCCAACAGCUAAACCAGUAUUAAAAUCUAAAAUAUAGGCUACUUUAGUGCAAUUAAUGUCUCCAAAGCAUUAGUUGUCUUUUAAAAAAUAAUGAUAUUCACAUGC